GCUUUCACCUACGCCGCUGUCGAGCGCGACGGCAUCCAACGAUUGAAUGCGGUCGCUACUAAUAUUGCGCAGGACGCGGUCACUAAUCAGGCAUCCGUCUAUCACUCACCGUGCACUACUCUCGUCAACGCGCGUUGCUCGAUAUCCACGCAAAGAACCUGCCCGUGCUGCUGCUCCCCGACUCUCAAAACGCUCAUCGUCUACUACUACUUCCGCCCUCAAUGAAACCGACUCGGAGGCCCCGGAAGAGGCACCCCAGCUUCUCGCCUCAGGUACUCCGUCAGAUGUUGAACCCCCUUCCGAAGAUGUAGAGAGGCCAAAACGACGAAGAGCGGCUUCGGUGAAAGAGCCCGAACCCUCACCACCUCCCCACGGUCUGCCCAAUGAACUCGACAUCUUGUGGCUGCCGCAAGACGUACCUGUUCCCGAAGUGCCCGUUGAUGGGGCCACGUCCAUCCCGAAUACUGCGCUGCCUCCUCCAGAGCUCUUGAACGAGGUGCUCACUAACUUAUACAUUACGUUACAUCCUCAAACUCAACACCGAGCUGCUUAUACAUCACCAGCAGGGCCGCCGGUUGAGCCUACUCUCGCUCUCUACUGCCCCAUAGAAGGGGGCGACUACAUAAUAGAUACCACCGUUCGGGAGCUCGCCCGACAGGCCGGUGCUGAGGUGGUGGUCUUGGACGCCGUCCAUCUCGCAGCAGGAGAAUGUGGUCAUUUCGGGAAAGCUGCGUCGGUGCUGCAACUGCCCAGCAAUCCUCUGCAUGUAUCUUCCGCUUCCUCUGGCCGACCAUCUAGCUCGAUAAUGGAAGAGGAAGAUGAGGACGAAGAUGACUCGUAUCGGCCUUCCUCACUCACGCUUCAUGUUCUCGCUCCGGCAUCGUCACGGCCAGGUCGUUCGUUGGUGGCCACCCCUCGCAAGGCCCCCAGUUCCAUGCCGAAGGUGAAAGGAUUCUUCGACGAACUCAUCAAUGUCCUAGCUCCAGCCUCUGAAGAGUCGGUAGAAUCGAACGUUCGCCCUCCUCGCAUCAUCUACGUUCGUGAUUUUUCUACUCUGGCUGCCACAUCGUCAUCGUGGUAUCCAGCCCUGCUUAACGCAGUUCGUGCGCGAAGGCAAGGACCACUACCUCGACAAUCCUCUCCUGUGUUCAGCCCUACUACUAUCGUAUUUGGUAUCACGCCGCCUAUGAUUCCCAACGCGGGCUCACCCAACAAUUCGGGCUCUGGUCCUUCGCCUGGAUUGUUAAGCUAUCUCAUGAGCCGACAGAACAUCUCAGUUACCGCUUCAUCAUCUAGACCUACCAAAUCCGAAUUCAGUGAAGACGAAGCAUCGGAGAAGGCAAGAGAACGACGCCUGAAGGAACGUCUACGGAGAUGGGAGCGGGGUGACCCGACUUUGUUGGAGGAACUUCCGCUGCUUACGACAACUACCGAAGGUGAAGAAAAUCCUGGACGUGGAUCGGGAGUUGUGAUUAUGGGCGGGGACCAAGACGGCACGCCUGGUCUACCUUCCGCUCUGGUACAAGCUCUAGGUGCACGUAUGAGUGGUCGCAGUAGCGCACCAGACGGAGAGAAGACGACAAAAUUCUACCGCACCUCAUUCAUUGUCCCUGAGGUCCGCUCACUUCUCAUGGAGAGAGCUUGUCGCGUAGACAGGCGUCGGGAGAUCAACGAGCUUACGAUACGUAUGGCCGUCGCAACAGUAGGCGGUACGUUACCGCCGAUGCACCCCAGGCCCGAUGAACCGCGAGAGGAAGGGGGAAGCGCCGGGGUUGAGCCUGCUGCUCGGCGGAUGUGGGAAGAAUGGAGUCGGGAGAUUGAAGUGUGGUCCAGCGUGAGGAAGAUCGCUGACCGCGCCGUUGGCAAGGCAAUCGCGGAGAGGGCGAAGAAAUCAUCUCUGUCUGCGAAGGCUAGUCUCCAGCCCUUGCCCGUUGAGUGGAAUGCUGUUCACGAAGCGUGGACUGCGCACAAAGCCAUACGUGACUUGAGGAAAGCAUGGGUCCAACAUUCAAGUCCGAAGGUACAAACGGACCAGGAGAAGAAAGGCGAGCAAGAGAAAGAGGAACCAGUGGAUGAGGUUAUCGAACGGUUAAAGCGGGAUCCAGACCUUGACCAACAUGAGCAGAGAUUACUGGGAUGCAUUGUCGAUACUGCAUCGAUCUCAACAACCUUUGCUCACGUUCAUCUACCAGCGAAAACUAUCGACUCUGUACGGACAAUAGUCUCGUUGCCUCUUCUGCAUCCUUCUGCCUUCCAACACGGUAUCCUCAAAGAGCAUGCUAUGACAGGAUGCCUACUCUUCGGUCCGCCGGGUACGGGCAAGACCCUCGUUGUGCGUGCCUUGGCGAAGGAGGCAGGCUGUCGCAUGAUUACUGUCUCGCCUUCUGAUGUUACGGACAUGUACGUCGGAGAGGGCGAGAAGCUUGUCAAGUCCGUUUUUUCCCUAGCACGGCGAUUGUCGCCGUGUGUAGUGUUCAUCGACGAAAUCGACGCACUGUUCGGUGCACGUUCAUCUGCGCGCGAGUCGGGCGGAGCCAUCGCACAUCGAGGUGUGCUCACGGAGUUCAUGCAGGAGAUGGAUGGUCUCAGGUCAAGUAAAGAUGACAGCAUCAUUGUCAUUGGCGCAACCAACCGGCCAUUUGAUCUCGACGAUGCCGUCCUCCGGCGGCUUCCUCGGAGACUGCUUGUAGACCUCCCAGGAGAAAAAGAGCGAGAGGAGAUCUUGAAGAUCCUUCUGCGAGAUGAGAAAUUCGCGGUAGAUGUCGAUCUGAAGCAGUUGGCUAGGAAAACUGAGACUUUCUCUGGCUCGGAUCUCAAGCACCUCUGCGUGUCGGCCGCAUUGGACGCAGUGAAAGAGCGGGUCGAAGUGCCAUGGCGACAGGCCAAGCCGGCGGCCGAAACUGCAGCUGUGUCCACAGCUGAAGAGGCUGAGACUACUUUUUCUGUCAAUCGGGCCGAGUCAUCAGUAACUACCAUUGCUGGAGCUGAAUCUCAAUCGAGCUCGACUGUUCCCGAAAGUAUCCCAGAAACCUUUGGUAGCUCGGAUGCCGCUGCUGCUACUGCUCCUUCAACUACUGAGCCCCCUGAGGCAACACUCCCGUCCGCCGACGCUUCCUCAGCCCUUAGCGCAGAGUCAUCGGAAACGAACCCAGAGUCGAAGCCGGAACAACUUCCAACACCACCAAGGAUGCUGCACUGGCAUAAUUUCGCGACCGCCCUGAGGGAGAUUACCCCAUCAUCUUCGGAAGCACUCGGCUCGCUCGCAGAUCUACGCAAGUGGAACGAAGAGUUCGGCGAGGGCAGGAAGGACAAGAGACACAAGUCGGUGUGGGGCAAAGGCAAGUUUGGUUUUAUUCCCAAGCCUGUCGGUGGCGAGGGAGAAGGCAAAGUCGCGAACCUCAGUGCAGACGGGAGGAAGACUGGCGGGGCUAGAGACGAUGCGGGUGCACAAUAGUGUAGCCGUUAGUGCCAGUUAAUUCUAUACUGUUCAGACAUCUAUACUGCUUUAGACUCGAGCAUUUGUGAUCUCAGCUUAUAUGAUAUUGUAAGAUAGAUAACUACACCGACGGGCAACAAGAAAAGGAGAAAAAGAAUGUAUCACUACCUGCUCUUGCGCUUCCUCUGCGUCUUCGGUGGCGGAGUCUUCUCUUUCUGCCCGUUUGCGUCCAUCUCUUCCUCGUCAUCGCUUUCAACGACCCUCUUCUUUCCCUUCUUUUCUUUCUUUUCUUUCUCCUUUUUUACAAUCGGCCCCUGACUUGGCUCGUCCUCCUGCUCCUGCUCCUGCUCCUGCUCCUGCUCCUGCUCCUGCUCCUGCUCCUGCUCCUGCUCCUG